AUUGGUUUUGUUUAUGCUGCUCAAUAGUGUUUAAUAUAAGAUUAGUGGUCAAGAAGGGUAAAUGAUGUGCUAAAUGAGGGCAAUGCAGGUUAGGGCUAGUAAGACUUCUCUUUUUUUCUGUCUGUAAAUUGGACCCUUGGGUCCUGCGAAUCUGGGUGCGUUUCCGCCAGUGAGCCACACGGGGCGCUGCUGCACACCCAACCCAGGACGCUUGACGGGAUAUUCAAAGUUUAUGCAAGCCAUGCAGCUUGUGGGGAGACGCGGAGGAGAGACUUGAAACAGUAGUUAUGAUAACAGAAAGAGCUUCCAAGUUGCAAAAAUUACUUUUGGGCGGGCCACACACUGGAGACUCCCUGCAGCAUGUCCUGGGGGAGUAUGGACUGGUGAGGCCGAUGAGUGUGGACGCAGAGGGCCGCUUCCUGUCACACGUCGUCUCGGCUGGCCGUGUGGCAGGAGGGCAGCCCCGUAGGCGCCAGAGGAGGGAGGUAGGAGUUGGCAAUGAUGAGUGGGAAGGACCAAGAGGAGUCGAGGAGGACCAAGAGCCGGUGGCCCGUCAGGAAAGGCUUUACUACAACGUCACCGUCUUCGGCCGGGAGUACCACCUGCGCCUGCGCCACAAUGCCAGGCUGGUGGCCCCCGGAGCCAAGAUGGAGUGGCGUGAUGACAGCGACAGCACCCGGCACUCUGAGCCGCUGCACGAUGAAUGCUUGUACGUGGGUGACAUCACAGACACACCAGGAGCCACUGUGGCAAUCAGCAACUGUGACGGCCUGGCUGGUAUGAUCAGGACGGAGAAAGAGGAGUUUUUUAUUGAGCCAGUGGAGAGGGGCGAUGGAGUGAUUGAGGAGGAAGAGGGAGGAGGAGGAGGAAGGACGCACAUCGUCUAUCGCUCUGCAGCUGUAAAGAAAGCGCCCAUCAGCAGCACAGCAGCAGAAUACCACAACAGAGGUGCAGAUCUCGGUGGUCUGAUGGACCUGGAGUCUCUGUACCGCGGUGUGAAGCAGAGUAUCAACCACACACGAGCGGGACGAACACGCAGACAGAGCCUGGACAGGGCCUACAACAUCGAGGUGCUGCUGGGCGUCGAUGACUCGGUGGUCCAGUUUCACGGGAAGGAGCACGUCCAGAAGUACCUGCUCACACUCAUGAACAUUGUGAAUGAGAUCUACCAUGACCAAUCUUUGGGAGCAAAGAUCAAUGUGGUGCUUGUGCGGAUUAUCAUGCUGGGCUACGGCAAGUCCAUGAGUCUGAUUGAACUAGGGAACCCUUCCCAGAGUCUGGAGAACGUGUGCCGCUGGGCCUUCCUGCAGCAGAAGCAGGACACAGGGGAUGCUGAGUAUCACGACCACGCCAUCUUCCUCACACGACAGGAAUUUGGCCCCACGGGCAUGCAGGGUUACGCCCCAGUGACGGGCAUGUGCCAUCCAGUGAGGAGCUGCACUUUGAACCACGAGGACGGUUUUUCUUCUGCCUUUGUGGUGGCGCACGAGACCGGACACGUGCUGGGGAUGGAGCACGAUGGCCAGGGCAACCGCUGUGGAGACGAGGUGCACAUGGGCAGCAUUAUGGCUCCGCUGGUUCAGGCUGCCUUCCACCGCUUUCACUGGUCCAGAUGUAGCAUGCAAGAGCUGGGACGCUACAUUCAUUCGUAUGACUGUCUCCGUGAUGACCCCUUCGACCACAACUGGCCAUCAUUGCCUCAGCUUCCUGGUUUGCACUACUCCAUGAAUGAACAGUGUCGCUUUGACUUCGGUGUGGGCUACACGAUGUGCACCGCGUAUCGCACUUUUGACCCAUGUAAGCAGCUGUGGUGUAGCCACCCAGACAAUCCCUUCUUCUGCAAGACCAAGAAAGGACCACCCAUUGAUGGCACCAUGUGUGGGAAUGGGAAGCAUUGCUUUAAAGGUCACUGCAUCUGGCUGACCCCUGACAUCAUCAAGCAAGAUGGAAACUGGGGUUCAUGGAGUGAGUUUGGCCAGUGCUCCCGCACCUGUGGUGGUGGAGUACAGUUUCGCACACGCGAAUGUGACAAUCCUAGACCAGCCAACGGAGGCCGCACCUGCGUGGGGGCGAUUUACCAGUUCCAGAUGUGCAACAUCAAUGAGUGUGAGGAUAUCUACAGUGACACGCGAGAGGAGCAAUGCCACGCUUUGGACUCUCGCUUUGAAGUCCACGGCAACAAGCACCACUGGCUGCCUUAUGAAAACCCAGAAGCUAACAAACGCUGCCAGCUGCAUUGCCAAUCCAAGGAGACACGGGACGUGGUCUUCAUGCAGAGAAUGUUCCUGGAUGGCACGCGCUGUUCAUACAAGGACCCGUACAGCGUGUGUGUGCGUGGGGAGUGUGAGAAAGUUGGCUGUGACCAUGUUGUGGGCUCCUCAAAGCAAGAAGACAAGUGUGGAGUGUGUGGAGGAGACAACUCCAGCUGCAAAACCUUCAAAGACACCAUCACACGUACUGCCAAGAAACAAGGUUUCCUCAAAGUUCUUGAAGUGCCCAGAGGGGCGAGACACUUGCUGAUCCAAGAACUGAAAGCAACAUCACACACUUUAGCUGUGAAGAAUGUGGCAUCGGGACUGUUCUUUUUAAACGGAGAAAAUGAAUACCCAGAAUCCCGCUCUGUCAUAGAGAAGGGGGUGGAGUGGGAAUAUGAGAAUGACAACGACAAGGAGACUCUUCAGACCACUGGCCCUCUCACACAUGGCAUUCUGAUUAUGGUAAAAUUACACCGAGAUGAGGACGUGAAUUUGUCCUAUAAGUACAUGAUGAACAUGGACAGUGACUCUGCCAUUCAGAACAACAUGCUGGUAGAGGACAGUGCCUAUGAGUGGGCCCCAAAGAGAUGGUCCUCCUGUUCCAAACCCUGUGGUGGAGGGAAACAGUAUCUGCGAUACGGCUGCAGAAGAAAAGUAGACAGUAAGAUGGUCCACAAGAGCUUCUGUAACAAGUCUAACAUGAAACCUAGAGGAGAUACCAGAGACUGCAACCAGAAGCCCUGCCCUCCACCCAUUUGGGUGACAGGGGAGUGGCAGAACUGCAGCAAACCAUGUGGAAAGACGGGGAUGCAAAUCCGCUCAGUGAGCUGUGUCCAGCCGUCAGAUGACAACACCACACGCUCCAUCCACAAUAAACACUGCAACGACGACCGGCCAGAGGCCCGCAGGUCCUGCAACAGACACCCCUGCCCCACCCAGUGGAAAGUUGGACCUUGGUCACAGUGCUCACAGACAUGUGGAAAUGGGACCCAGCAGAGACAAGCUCUGUGCCACACCAGGGACAACACUAUCGGCCUAUGUUUAGACAGUAAGCCCGAAACCAUCAGAGUCUGUCGGAUGGAUCCAUGUCCCAAGGGCUCUUCAGACCUCAACAAGAACGGCAACAUGUUGAUCCAGUGGCUGUCGCGCCCUAACACCAACUUCCAGAAGACCUCCUCACGCCAGCGUUGUCAUGGAGACCGCUCAGUGUUCUGUCGUAUGGAGGUGCUGAAGCGCUACUGCUCUCUACCGGACUACCAGCGCAUGUGCUGCAAGUCCUGCAGCAAUGUCACCAUCACAGACCCUCUGCCCAGCUCCACCCCCAGAUCCACCCCCAUCACUUCCAUCUGGCCCAGUGUUACUGCUCCUCCACCCACCAGCAGCCUCAGCUCUGGUUUCAUCACCACCAUCCAACCCACCGAAGCUGUAAUCACCACCAUUUCAGCUUCUACCAUCAAUCCCUGGACCAUCACUCAUCCUCCUACCUUCACGACUCCCGUCCCUCAUUCCACCCCAACCUCACUGCAUACCACAGAAAUGGUCACCACUCAACCAGCACCUGCCACAAGUGUCCCCGUCCUCCCUACCACCUUUUCCAUGGCAACCACUUCAGUUAUUACAUCUCCCAGUAUCACUGCUCAUCCCCUGCCUCUGCCUGUCCCAGACAUAGAUGAGAGCACAAAUCCACAGUUACAGAGCACUACAAAUAGUCCAACAACUUUAGAUCUGAUAACGACCACAGACUCUCCAGGAAAGACCAGUCCAACCAUGACGAGUCCCACAGAAAACAGUACCAAAACAGUCACCCCACUAAAAUACAAGCCCAAAAAGAAUAUUCCACCAAAGAAAAAUCCCAAAAAAGUGAAUCUACCAAAGAUCAAUCCAAAAAAGAAUACUGCACCAAAAAAUACUACCAGAAAAGAUGUUCCACCAAAGAUUAAUCCCAAAAAGAAAACAAACACUAUUCCCAAAAAGAAUACUCCUGUAAAAACAAAUCCCAAAAAGAAUACUCCUGUAAAAACAAAUCCCAAAAAGACCACUCCAGCAAAUACUACACCUAAAAGGACUCCUCCAAUAAAGACUACUCCCAAAAAGACUCCUCCAGCAAAGAGUACUCCCGAGAAAAAACCCAAACUUACUCCCAAAAAUAAGGCUCCACCAAAAGCCAAUCUCAAAAAGAACAUUGGGCCAAAGACAAAAGUUACAAAACAAACCCAAACAAAGACAAACCCCAAAAAGAACUCAAAAACAGGUCCCAAAAAUGCACCAAAUUCACAGACCAAGGUUAAUCAAAAUAAGGCCACAGUGAAAAAGACAAAUCCAAAAAAGACACUUAAAACAACAUCUUCACAUUAUACCACUCCAUAUACAAGCCCAGAACCAUCAAAAGAGUACUUUUCUUCCACAGUUUCCUCCACCACUAGUGUUUAUGCUACAGCAGUGAGCACGCCUUUCCCUGAGUCAAGAGUCAAUGUCACAUACAUCAGCAACAACACAGCAACAACAGAUGAAACUCCACUGUGGUUCCAUGACAACACAAACUCUGGAGCCACAACUCCUAGCACUUUUGAUGAUGUCCUAACACCCACUGGAAGCAUCCACUUUGAAGACACCACAAUGCCCAGUGGAACCAUGCCAUACAGUGAUGUCACAAUUACCAGCAGCGGUGACACCACAGCAACCAGUGGGGCCAUUCUAAGUGGCGAUGACAUCACAGUAUCCUAUGGCAACAUGGGGGUGGCCAGUGACACCAUGGUGCUGGAUGAUGGUCUCACUAUGGUGAUACCGACCAUCAACAGCGAGGAUAUGACGGAUCUGGCUUCUUCGCCCUGGGUGGACCUGUCUGAGUACAUUCCUGUGAGUGUCCCUGUUCCCACGACAAUGCCAGACCCCACCACCACCACCUCACCUCCCACCACCAUUUCUCUGACAACAGAAACAACAGUUACUGUAGCUACAACGACCUCUACAGUAAGACCUCAGCGAAGGCCAGAGGAGAACAGUGAGAACAACUCUAUCGACAUCUUAUACAACAGGAUCGUUGGCGUAGACAGUGACGUCUCUCAGAACAACCUGAUCCCAAAACGUCGGGUCAACCUCCGGGAAAGAACCAGGAACAAACGCAUUCAGGAGCUUCUGGAGGAGAAGCGGAACUUUCUCCUCAGGAUGAAGAGAGGCCAGGCAGCACAAUAGACCAAGCCUUCUCAUUUCUCUUAUAGAGAUGAACGUUUUCCUUACAGACUUUUGUAAGCCCUGUUUAAACCCCUCUGAACUGCUAUGGUGCUUUCUAUCAGGCCUUUCCACACACAAAAAAAAACAAACUUUCAUAUCACUUUUGUGGCAAUCAGGACUGUCGCGGAGAGAAAAUAUCAUGACCAAAUGUUUGAACAGUUGCUUCGAAUAAAGAAAAGCCCUUUAGAGUACAGACUGUAGCAGAUUUGAAGCAAAUCACCUCGCCUGUGUAAACACAAUAAUGAAAAAAAGAAGGGAUGGAAAGCAUACAUCCAGUUUGACCAGCACUUUAAAAAUGCAAGAUUUUAUCCUUCCAAACCCAAACCAUCCACAGCCUUGUUUGAGGAUUCAUUCGGUGAUGAUGUUGAUAAGAUGUAAUGUAGUUUGUCAAAUGGUAUCAUCGCCACCGGCAUUUAUGGAGCCACAAAAUCUACCACCUAGAAUCCAAAUCUGAUAUAUUACUGCCCAGGACUGCAGCUCAUUUCCCCCAAAACAGAUAUGAGUACCGCUCAACCCCCUAAAAACAGCUACUGUAGGACAAAAUGAAUAUGUAUCUGUCGCCUUGUUAAGUGGCCAGCACUCUGAAUACCCUAUACAAUGUGGAAAUUGGAGCUUUUGGAGGCCUGAAAGUGAUAUGGUAAUGCUACACAAACAGAAAGUCAAAGUUUACUUUCAGUUAAAUUGAAUUGUCAAAGUUUAUACUGCUUGAGUUGUGUUGCCUUUUCCAAACCAAACGUCUGUCUGAGCGCAUGCAUGGGGUUUCUCAUCUCUCAGGAAGUUAAGAUAUGGAGUGGUAAGGGACAUUGCCAAACACAUGGUGCUUCCUGAAUCUUGAUGAUAUAUUUUAAUAUCUCAUUAAGCUAUAGGUGUUAGAGCAAAGAAGAGAAAAAAAUAUUUUUAUGGCGUUUUUUUGUUUAUCUUGGUCAGUCAACUAUGGUGCUUUUUUUUGUCAGUGAUGCUAAAAGCAAAAAUAUAAUAAUAAUAAAAUAAACAAGUCUGUUUGUAUUAACGUUAUCCAAAUAGAAGUUUUGAGGGCCAGUUUAUUUUUCUUUUCUAAAAGUUUUAUUAUUGCUACAUUUCUAACUUGCAGCAACUGCAAAAGCACCUACGGAUCUUUCUGUACGAUAUCUGUACAUAUGAAAAAGAACUUAAUGUUUAAUAUUUAUUAAAGUUUAAGUGC